GGAAACUUAGCUUCCUAUUACUUGUCACACUUAGAAACUGUGGAUCAGGUGAGCAGAGAGUGAAACCGACGCAGCCAAGACGACGAGACAGUGAUUUAAUCCUCUAUCUCGAUAAUUGAGUCAACGACCCUCUUACUUCUAGCAAGUAUUUUCUAUUAAAACAAAACUCUCAUCGGUGAGAGGAAACCAGGCAGGACUCGGAUUUCCACGGCGUGGCUUCCUCUGCGCGCAAUCACAGCUGCUGGACCGGCGGUGGAGUCGGUGCGCUCUAGCAGAAGACAUCCAACCUCCUCUUCUCCCGGCUCAGUCUGCAGCCUGCGUUCCUCUCCAUCCUCUAGAUGCCUCCGAGCUUCAUCAACUAUCUGAGUCUGACACGAUGGCAGCACUAUAACCGCUUUUGUCUUGGUUUGCUUCGAUUUUUCGUUUUCCUCCUGCCGAUUUGAGUAAACCUCACGCCAAGAAAACGCAACAGACUCUCUCCAUCUGGAAGUUUGGGAGCGCGCGUCGCUCUGGAGGAGAUAAAGCGAUGGGGGUCCCGGUGAAAACAGCGCUGGCUCUCCUGGUUCUCGCCGUGGCAGCUGCCCUGUGUGCAGACGUAGAGGAGAGGCUGGUGAGUCACCUGUUGUCACCGGAGCGGUAUAACAAGCUGAUCAGGCCGGCUGUCAACAACAGCCAGCAGGUCUCCAUUAACAUACAAGUGUCCCUGGCCCAGCUGAUCAACGUGAAUGAGAGGGAGCAGAUCAUGACCACCAACUGCUGGUUAACCCAGGGAUGGAAUGACUACAGAUUAAUGUGGGAUCCCAACGAGUAUGAGGGAAUCAAGAAAAUCAGGCUCCCGUCACAGCACAUCUGGCUUCCAGAUAUCGUCCUCUAUAAUAACGCUGAUGGAACGUAUGAAGUUUCYUUCUAYUGCAAYGCUUUAGUUUCCAACAAUGGAGAUGUUGACUGGCUCCCGCCGGCUAUCUACAAGUCCGCCUGCAAAAUCGAAGUCCGAGAUUUCCCCUUUGACCARCAAAACUGCACCUURAAGUUUCGUUCCUGGACGUACGACCACACAGAAAUAGAUCUCAACCUCCUCAGCGAUUAUGCWUCACGGGAUGACUUCAAACCCAGCGGUGAGUGGGAUAUCGUUUCCCUGCCGGGACGAAAGAAUGAAGACCCAAACGACAUCAGAUACCUGGAUAUYACCUAUGACUUCAUCAUCAAGAGGAAACCUCUGUUCUACACCAUCAACUUGAUMAUUCCCUGCAUCCUCAUCACCUCCYUGGCCAUCCUGGUGUUUUACCUUCCAUCAGACUGUGGUGAGAAGAUGACUCUUUGCAUCUCCGUCCUCCUCGCCCUGACUGUGUUUCUACUUCUUAUCUCAAAGAUAGUGCCGCCAACAUCUUUAGCUGUGCCUCUCAUUGGGAAGUACCUGAUGUUUACAAUGGUGCUGGUCACCUUCUCCAUUGUCACAAGCGUUUGYGUGCUCAACAUCCACCAUCGGUCCCCAAGCACUCACACCAUGCCGCCUUGGGUCAAGCGGGUCUUUCUCCACCGGCUCCCUUCUUUCCUCUUCAUGAGGAGACCCGGCAGCUCAAACAUCCGCGAGAAAUUCAGGAAAAAACACCAGAGGAAAAAGUGUUCAGAUCAGAGGCAGUGCGGAGCAGAGAGUGGGACGAGCAUCUCUGCAGGGGUGGCGGAUUCUUCACCGUCCUUCUAUGUCAAUGAAGAGUCAGCCAAGCGCUACGGCUGGAGAGUCAGUGACUUAUCGGAGAACACAGAGAUCAGGAAGAGGAUGACGCUCAAGAGUAAUAUUGAUGUGGAGGACGCAGUGGAUGGAGUGCGCUACAUUGCUGAGAAAAUGAAGAAUGAAGAUGAUGAUGAAGGGAUCAUUGAAGACUGGAAAUAUGUGGCCAUGGUGAUUGACCGCCUCUUCCUGUGGAUUUUUGUAUGUGUGUGCGUCGUUGGUACUGCAGGACUUUUCAUGCAGCCUCUGUUCCAGAGUUACAACACCCCGGUUAUUGAAGACGCAGAGCAUAAAUAAAACCAGAAGCUCCACCCUUAAAUUCUAACAUUUCUCUAAAAUUAAAUAAAAUUUCUAGGAACUUAACAGAUCUCUGUUAGGAUGUUUGACACAUGCAUCUUGCACAUCCAUCACUUCACCUGCUGACUUUUGAUCUUCGGAUUUUAUUGUCCUCUACGCACCCAGUGUUGUCAUAUCAGGUAAUUUAUAAUCAACAGUGGAGCAAGAUUAAUUAAUCUAUGUUAAUAAGGCAAGAUAACUCCCUUUGUUUCUUUUUGCCAAUGGCACAUAUGCUGUAUGGAUUUAUAUCAUUUGUAUUUGCCUUGUAAAAAAGACACAGGAGAAAACAAAUAAAAGUUCUGAUGGGUUUCGUGACUGUGA